AUGAAUCUCGUCGAAAAGUACGAAAAGGACAUUCCGAAAAGAUUGCAAAAUGACUCAAUUUUUGUGGAAAAAGUGGCAAUCAACCGGCAGCGUUCGGUUGUGUACGUAAUAACCACAGAUAAGCGACUGUUUGAGGUGCGGGAACGGGCGAUUUUGUGCCAGAUACCGCUCGUGUUAAAUGCCGCUGAUGAGGAACACCAUCGUCCGUAUAUAAACAACUCCCGGUUAUUCAACGACACACCGUGCGAGAUGGAUACAAGCACCGUGGUGGACUGCCACAGACCGUGCAACAUUAGUAUCAACAUUUUUCGUGCAAAUGAUGGAACUAAGCGGAAACUUUUCAUUAUCGUUCAACUGGACCGAUCGUUGGUAGUGGUCGAGCGUCGCAACAUAGACGGUUGCGAUGGUAACGGAUUGUUAGUGAUACAUUCCCGAUUCGAAGAGUUCCGUCAACUUGCCUACGUUGAAAAUCCUCAACGUGCCGGAAGCUGCUCGGUUCGGAUAGAAUUAGGCGAUCGAGAUGAGCCGAUAGUGACGGAUUUUCUGGAGGGGUGUUUCGGUCGGCCCGGAUCGAGUGCCCUGGAGGAUAAUUUUACCUGCUUCGAUGAGGUGCUGAAAAUGUUGCGUGAUCAAACUGCAGAACGUAAGGCACAGCUAGAAAUGGCCCGUUUAACCGUGAGCGAGAUAUAUAACGGGAUGAACGAACGUAUGAAAAUGGUUCCACCACUGCUCCGAUCGUCAAAUCCGGAAGAAAAAGUUCCACUCGUGCGUUACGGUGAGGUGUGGAAAAAGAUCCACAACGAUCGUUUGCUGAUCGGUGUUCCACUGUACAACUGUACGUAUAAGAGGCGGUUAACAUUAAUUAAUCUUCGAUUGCUGUUGCUGAGCCAAAAUGAUCAAACAGUUCCAUUCAUCACUCGGUUCUAUCGGCUCCGGGAUGAUGAUUACAACUUUAAAUCUUAUCAUGAAAUCAUGGAAAUGGUAGAUACCUUCGAAAACGAUCACGCCUUUCAACAGGAAUGGGUAGCCAGCAAGCAUAAUGUUCUUCAUCCGGAAGAAUCUGCAAUAUUUCUGGCCUGCUGUGAUCUGUCCGCGCUGAUUCCUCAUGGCUUUGGCUUUCAUUUCAACUGCUUCGUCACCUACAACAUCGAAACAUACGAUACGGAAUGUGAUGAGCUGCAGCUGAACGUGGGUUCGGUGGAGGUUCUGCAGCAACAACUGUGCAGCUCAGAGCUAUGGGUUCAGUUUUGUAGCGUGUCGGAAUUGAGCCGUGAUUUGCUAGCAGUAACGUCCACGUCGGAUUUUCUAUCACUGGAAGUCCGAUACAAGCGCGAACCGAACAUUGCAAUGAAGGAGUUUUGUGUCGGUAGAUUGGGCUUUGCAGAGGUGUUAUCGACCAUUGUAAAUCAAACCGUGCUGUAUUGUGCUGAUAAUACGUACUGGCAGGGUACGAUGAUAAGAUUGGAUCGAAUGGAGGAGAAGCGCUUGCGGAUGAAACUAUACAGCAGAUAUUCCCAUCAAAUACUGACGCUGCUGCAAUCGAUCUACGCUGAUUAUGAGGAGACUUGCUCGAUCGAUUUGUGUGCGACCACGCAGAGUACCACAGCGCUAGAACUAAAGCAACGGCUUUUGGAUGAAUUGCAAAGCAAAAUUGAACAACCAAUGCAGAAAAACGUAUGCAUGCAGAAGGAAUUCAGUACCGAUUUGGUUUAUUGUUCGUUAGACAUACGGGAACCGCGGGAAAGCGAUAGUGCAUCUAGUUGA